AUGUAUGCUAAAAUGUUAGCUAAAUCCAAUGAAAAUUAUCUAACAAAGCUUGAUUCUUCUAGACUUGAAGCGUCAGUUCUAAAAAAUGCUGCAACUUUUAAAAAUAAUUCAUAUUCGGUCAUGGAUUCUUCCCGUGGUUUAGAUGCAAGAUGUGCUCCUUCCUUAAAUCUGGAACUUUUAGAAAAAAAACACAAGUGCAUCUUGGAUAAGUCGCACGCUACUAUUUUGUCGUUUGAUGUAAAUUUUGGGAGUCACUUCAAACUACAGAAUGUUUCUUCAUGUAGCACAAAGCCUGCAACGACUGCUAAAAUUAAGAAAAAAAUUGUUUUAACUGAAAAAACUAAAAAUCACUUGAAAAGAAAGCACAAGGACAACACAGAUAAAAUUGAAGUGAAAUAUAAGCUGACUAAAAAUUGUGAACAUGAUGUAAAAGAAAGUGUUUUUUCCGAUUAUGAUUAUGAAAAUGUUUUCUGUUCCUUAUCUGUUCCAAGGCCAUUAGAUUUUACAUUCUGUAUGCCUGUAGACCUAUCAUCAUGCAUUUCUCAUGAAAAAAGCUUAUUGGAUCGCAAGAAAAUGUUGGUCAAUGAAGUAAGCACUUCCUUAAUAAAGUCACCAACUUUUUUGAAAGGAGAAGGUUCAAACAUCAGUAAAUUGGCUACUCAAAUAGCUUCAGAAGACCCUGAAUUUAUACUGAAGAUGGCUUUAUAUUGUAGGCACUGCUUGUACAUCAGAUCAACAUCAAACUUUUUAUUGGCUUUUUCUGCCAAUAGUGAGUUCUGUAAGCCAUAUCUGAUUAAAUAUUUCAAUAAAGGUGUUGUCCUGCCAACUGAUUGGAAGGAAGUUGCAGAGCUAGCUUUGGUAUAA